AUGUUUCCAGCUCGCCGCCGUCCGAACGGUGGCCCAGGAGGUCUUGGCUCUCAAGGGCGCUUCCCAAUUGGAACUCCUACCAGCAGCUCUCCUUUCACCCACUUCAGACUCGUUACUCAAGACGACAAUUACCCUGACAACGAAGACGAUGCUGAGUCGGGUAUACCAGUGUUUAGAUCUCCUUCCUAUCAAGUAUUAGCAGGCAUUGCCGACAGUGCAGACACACAACGCGACAUGGCCAGCAAUCAUACCUCUCCUGCCGCAAACCAGACAUUCGCAGAUAUGGCACGCUCCGCUGCAAGGGCAAAGAACAGAGAGAUGAAGCAAACCGAGACACCUCUGCAGACUGAAGCAGGUCACUCCACCUCGGGCUUCAUCAAGCUUAAAUCCAAACGCGGUCGCAGCCAAUCCAAGAAUUGGGUACCUCUUGCUCUUGAUGACUACACCACGGGUGAUGAUAAUGAUCCCUUCUUUGCCGGCCUCAAGCGUGAUGCAGCGUUUCCCGACAGCAGUGGAGGCUCGUCAUCUGUUUCGUCUCAUCAGGCGCCUGUCACCAACGACAGUGAGCCUACCUUCACUUCAACCUCCAACCUCAACCAUCCUCCUGCACAAAACCCACCCGUUGAUAGCCCACAAAUGUCACUCUCCGCCAUGUCUGAGCCGUUCAUCUCAGCUCGACCAACUCCACAGAUGCAACCUGCUGCAGAUGACGAGAUCACCAGAGUCUUCGGUGAGCGACUUCCUGACUUGAUCUUCUUGUCUCAAUGGGAGGGUACAGUUCACGGCGAGAUCAAAUUCAUCCAGCAUCCCAACCGUGACGUAUCCGCACACCAGUGGGACAUUAUCGCGUAUCAGUGGGUUAGUAUCGGUCAGUUUUCCGCCAACAGGAAAAAGAUUGAAGGUCAGUUGAAGGAUGAGAGAUUGAGAGGUCAGACUGUCAGCUCAAGCAUCCCGCCGAAUACACUCGCCUAUUUCAGAGCUGUCGCGAAGCAACGUGAGGCUGCUGCGUCCAAUCCAUCACCUCGGAACAAUGACAAUGCCAAUGCCUCAGCUAUCUCCCAGACUCAGCGUGUCAACACUGCCAUACCUCAACGCCCCAAGCUCCAAGCAGUGGCUGGUAUGAAUAGCAUGGACCAAUUCGGUUCCUUGUCAACAGUCUCUGGCUCUGCCGUGAAUCUUCCAACACGCUCUAGCUUGGCCACUGGCAGGAGCCUUCCAUAUCGAGAUUUAGCAACCUCCGAGGCACCCUCUAUCGCUUCGCUCAUGUCAGCUUCUACCCUUACUGCUAGAGAUAAUGGAACUCACGGUAUGUCUGAUGAUCCUUUCAUGUCCGACCGAGACAGAACUUCUAGCUGGGGCAGCACUUACCUUCACACUCAAGAAUCUGAGCGUCCAGGAACAAUGGAUCGCGACUACCAAUUCCCGAUUCCUCAGAACCAUCCACAAGACCGUUCUUACAAUCCUCUCAACCACCGCACCCAGGAACAGCCGCUUACCUUCGGUACCCAGACCUAUGGAGACAACCGUGAUGGUUUCGGAAACGUUCCAGGUACUCAAGUGGCAUUGUGGGAUGAGAUACGCAGAAAUGGUCAGAGGAACAACGCGGGCCAGCAUGACACAACGCAGAUCAGAUCCCUGGCAUCUGGAACUGGACUGGACAAGGAGUCGGUCAGAAGACUUUUCCAGUCGUAUGAUAUAGAAGAUGAAGCUGUAGACAUGAGCGCAGCAUAUCGCGGUCGACCUGUCACCACGAUGCAACAAGCACUAGCGGAUGCUUCAUCGGAAUAUCAACCGCAGACCAGAGCAGCAAUCCCCCAGAUUCCUCGCGCGCUUCAACCUCCCCCUGGCCUGAACGUUGGUCGCUCUCGACUUGCGCCGUAUCCAACUCUGCAAGGCGACCCUGAUCCCUUCCAGAACAGGAAGGAGGAAAUUAUCAAUGGUCAGCCAGAUGAGCCACCAAAUCCCCAGGUUCUCAAUACAAUGUCUAUGGGAGGCUGCCGCGACUGUGCAGGGCCCUUUCCAACUCCUCACGCAGAGCACGCAAACAAGAAUGAAGAGUGGUGGGGAUCUGGACGAGUCGAUCAGAACGAUGACUUCGUGCUACCAUCUCUUGCAAAUGCUCGUGCUCGCGAUCCCGCCCAAGCUGAACAAUACGACUAUAUUGGUACACAGGGAAUGCUACGACUCUUCGAGAAUCUCGCAGAAUAUGCCAAAGAAACUGAUACUGGUGAAAGGUCUUACUUCACACGUAAUUGGAGGGUACCGGAGCCUCGUCAUAUGGACACGAGUGAGGAAGGUAGGAAGAGCUAUUUUGCCACGGACCUUGCACUGCGGGCGAAACGCAUUCGGGAGCAGCAGAGAGUGGUAGAGCUGAGAAUGCGCGACGAGCAGAUUCGAGCCGGUGUAGGGCCUCCUUCCCAGAGUCGUUCCACGGAGACGGAAAAUCAAGCUCGACCUAAUGUAGCCUCUUCUUCCCAGGGUCGUUUCACGGAUACGGAGAAUGAGUACUUUAAGAUGAUGAGGGAGAGUCACAACUACCCAAACCUGGCCCAGAUCACUCAGAUCCUGAGAAACAACGAGCUGGCCCAGUCUAGCAAUAGCCAGAGUCAAUCGAGCAACGAACAAAGCUCAUCCAGCAGCAACCAGGGUCUAUCUGAACAACAGCGCAAUCUGUUCAACAAAAGUCACAACGACCUUCAAGGUUGGUUCUGA